CUCUCUCUCACACACACAAAUACUCCCCAUGCUCCUGUUGCCCUCCUCCUUUGAUGAGGCCAAUGGCCAGCAAUGGCAUGGCGUCCUCCCCCUCCUCCUUCCCUCCAAACUUCCUCCUCCCAAUGCAGCAGACGCCCCAAGAUCAUGACCCCCAUGAACACCACCACCUCCCUCCUCCCCUUCAUCCUCACCACAACCCGUUCCUUCCCUCCCAAUGCCCCUCCCUACAAGACUUCCGAGGUAUGGCGCCAAUGCUUGGGAAGCGUCCGAUGUACGGCGGCGACGAGGUGAACGGGUGCGGCGGCUGGGGCGCGAACGAGGACGAGCUGUCGGACGACGGUUCGCAGGCGGGGGAGAAGAAGCGGCGGCUGAACGUGGAGCAGGUGCGGACGCUGGAGAAGAACUUCGAGCUGGGGAACAAGCUUGAGCCGGAGCGCAAGCUACAGCUGGCGCGCGCGCUGGGCCUGCAGCCGCGGCAGGUGGCCAUCUGGUUCCAGAACCGCCGCGCGCGGUGGAAAACGAAGCAGCUGGAGAAGGACUACGACGCCCUCAAGCGCCAGCUCGACGCCGUCAAGGCCGACAACGACGCACUCCUCUCCCACAACAAGAAGCUCCAAGCCGAGCCAGCUGAUCAGUUCUUGGCCUGUACUCGUGCGGCACUGCAGAUACUGGCGCUGAAGGGCAGGGAUGCAGGGUCGGAGCUGAUCAACCUGAACAAGGAGACGGAGGCGUCCUGCAGCAACCGCAGCGAGAACAGCUCCGAGAUCAACCUCGACAUCUCGCGCACGCCGCCAUCCGACGGCCCCAUGGACCCUCUGCCGCACCAGCACGCCAGCGGCGGCGGCGGCGGCAUGAUCCCCUUCUACCCUUCCGUCGGCCGCCCCGCCGGCGUCGACAUUGACCAGUUGCUGCACAACUCGUCGGCCCCCAAGAUAGAGGAGCACGGCAACGGCGGUAUCCAGGCUGCCGAAACCGCCGGCUUCGGCAACCUCCUGUGCGGCGUCGACGAGCCGCCGCCGUUCUGGCCGUGGGCCGACCACCAGCACUUCCAUUGAACCAUCACAAGUUCACAAUAGCUAGCGUUGCAAUGGUGAUCAACGAUGAGCAGAAAGAUUCGAGGAAUUUGGAUUCUUGGUGACGUGCAGCAAGGGAGGGAGAAGGAUUGUGUAUGAUCUGAUCGGCGAGGUAGCUGCCUACGAGAGAUUGAGAUGGUGGUGCAAUUUGGUUAAUGAAGUUGAUGCAUGAAAAGGGUUUGUAGGGGGAAUAAGUGAGGUGGUGUAAUUUAGGUAGAUUUUGGUUUGAGUUUUGAUAGUAUCUUUUGCAUCUUCAUUUUUUUUCUUUGCGUUUUUUCUUUUGUUGAUACAUAUAUAAAUUUAUGGAUUGUGAGGCAGUGUUGUAA